AUGGCCUCCGCGAGAAAGAGCACGUCGUUGGUCGUUUAUGGAUGGUUACGUAGAGGUGGUAUGUCCAGUUGGGGGAGCCACAUAUGUGAUGUCGCCAGAAGGUGUGUUAUGUGCACUACGGUCCCCCGCGCAAAUGCAAUAGGUGCAAGAAUAGAACGCGCAGCUUCAUGCAAUUCAAUUGAUGGAAAAAUCACUGAGGAGGAGUUUCUCCCCCCAAGAAAAGCGAUCAAGCUGAAGAAGCAAAUGGCGCUUGAAAGUGCCAACAAAAUAAUGUUGUCCAAAUUGAACCUACAAAUUGAACAACUGGAUUGUGAGAAGUUGAUGAGAUACAAAAAUGUAAAAUAUGCGAUAACGCUGCAAGAGAAGAAAGAAAUUUUAUCAUAUUUAAAUAUCUAUCUCCUUCGUAACAAUAAGGCAAAGUACUACAUUUUAAGUGUGCUGAUGUUUCGUAUUGUGUCUAGGAUGAGUACCUAUCAAGUGAAAGAGUUGAUAUAUGUUCUACACGCUUACAAGGAAAAUAACUUUUUGAGCCCCUUCCUAAUGGUACACAUUAUGACCACAUUGAGCAGCGAGGAAUUUGCAAAAAAAAUGACACUAAAUGAAUUCCUUCUCCUGGUAGACACCUUGACAAUACCGUUAAUAAUGACAAACGGCUUCGCACAAAUGAUUCAAAAAUUCAUAUGCAAAAAUUUAGGCAUGUUUAAAUGUAGUGAUUACUUUGCGGUUGGGUAUUUUUUGGCCAGGAACAAUUUAUACAACGAAUCUGUUUUGAAUUUCAUUGCCGAGUUUUACAAAAAUUUGGCCAUUGCAAGGAGGUUGCAAAAGGAGGAAUGUAAUACCUUUGCUCAUUAUGAACAUGCAUUUUACAGUGGGGAAUCCAACAAGGGAGUAACGACAAUGGAUGAUACCUUCCUAGCAAAUGGGAAGUUAACCCAUGUAGGAAAAGACAUCCAUAAGCAUAUUUUCAUUUUAUCAAAAUAUGGAUACAACGAUAUAGAUAUGUGUAUCAAUUUGUUCAGAGUGGCAAUCGCGCGAUGUGGAUCUUUGCGACCGCUGGAAAUAAGCUCCAUUUUGAAAUCGUUGCAAAAUAUGAAAUACUACAAUAGCUGCUUAUUUAAAGUGUUGGUGGGUAAUAUUAGGAAGAAUUUAAGUCAGUACAAAACGAGUACCCUGAUGGAUUGCUUAAACAGCUUGUCUUAUUUCAACCAUGUAGAUGAUAGGUUGCUCACCAAAAUAUUAGUCACCCUUCCGAGAAGGAUCUCAACCUAUACUGCCAACGAUUUUACCAAGCUGAUAUUUUUUAUAAACAAUUUUACGCGAUUCUCCAGUUAUUUUAUUGUCUUUAUAAAUAAGCACAUUUUGCUUUUUGCGUCAAGUUUUAAUAUGCUCCAUUUGGUAACCCUUUUGAAAAUUUUCGCUCACCAGAAUUUGAUAAGCCAGCCAAUUCUUCACUUAAUAAAUGUGAAGUUGGAGAAAUUUAUUUCGUCUCACUCGUCGGGAAGUUUGUCGGAAGGCACCUUCAUGGGCCAAUCGUGUGUGCAGGCCAUGAAGGAGGUAAGUUUAAGGAACUUGUUUGAAAUUAUUCACAUUAUCAACUUCAUGUCAGUGAGGUACCCCCAAUUGACGCAUAACUGUUUGGAAAGCGCAUUCCUCCUUCAAAAUGGGCACAAAAAUAUGCACCCGGAAGAAGUGAAGUGUAUGACCUAUUGUUGUUGCUACUUCAUGCUAGUUAAUGAUCAAUAUGGGGACGCUUCGGCUAUUCGGCUUCACAAGCGUGUAAGCAAUUUUUUUUCCUUUUUGGACUCAUCGUUGUUGGGGGGAACCCAAAAUGGACAAUCGACAUGGUACGACGAGAGGGAGGAUGCCCUAACUAAAGGACAUACGCAUUUGAACAAGAAUCACAAUUUAUCACCCCGCGGGGAGUGGAUCAAUGGGUUGAUGGAAGCAAGGGUUACAAGUACGUACCGCAAAUCAGAUGGCAAAAAAGACAACACGAAUGAAGUGAAAAACCAAAUGGGGGUAGACAUAUACGUGAUGAUAAUACGAACGUUUCUCACCGAAUUCAUAUAUCACCGCACGAGAGACAAAGUUGAAAAUUGUUACAACUUGUGUGGGGAACAUAUGAAGCGCCUUUUUUUCCACAAAAUUGACGCGGUACGGGAAUACGAGCAUAACGACGGUGUAAACACGCUUAAGAAGUUGUUUCCCCUGAUGUAUUAUCCAUGCGUAGAUAAAGCCCUCUUGAAGAAUGUCCAAAUGAAUAGACAUUUUCUGUCUACCUAUUUCGUUGGGCCCACUCGGGAAGACAAAAGCCAACUUAGCCAAAGUGAGCACGUCAGGAGAGAAUUUUCGUAUCACCAAAAAUCGCUCAACGAAAUGUACCAAGUUUUGAAAGACCUACCUCAGACGGAUUACAAGUUUAAGCUUGUUAAAAAUGCCAACUGCAAUUCCGUUUUUCUUUACAUUCACUACAUAUUUGCGAAACGUGCGCAGGGCAAAGGCAAUGUAGCCAUUUUAUUUGGAACGCAGAAUUACUACUACACCACAGUGGGCGAAUUGUACACUGAUCUUAAUCCCCCUUGUACCAACAAUCUGCCUGAAGAGAAGCGCCUGACCAAGGAGGCUAUAGCCCAAUUGCAAUACUUCAAGCUCUUUUUUGACAAGGUAUAUUUGGUGCCUGCCCACUUAUGGCAAAAUAUGCAUGGAGAGGACAAAAGGCGCUUUUUUGUUACCUUGCUGGAUUUGUAA